AUGCUGUCCGUUGCGCCCCUACUGCGCAACCUCGCCUCCUACGCGCUCUCGCUGUUGCCCACGUACGCGGUGGCCGCCACGGCCACCGCGCUGUUCCUGUACCUGGAGUUUGCCGUCCCGCCGCCGCUGUCCACGCGCUUCGACCCGGCGGACCGCGCCAUCGCGCGCUCGUACACGUCGCGCGAGACGGUCUCGGCGGGCCAGUGCGUGCUGCUGGCCGCGGCGGUGCCGGCGGCCGCGAUCACGUGGUGGUGCGUCGUGGCGCGCGACGCUUUGCGUCGCCGCCGCCCCGCGCCGCGGCCGCGCGUCGCGUGCCCGGAAUGGCUGCCCGCGGCGGCGCACCUGUACCACGUGACGUGCGUCGCGCUCGUGGCCGCGCUGGCGCUCACGGGCGUCGCGACCAACGCGCUCAAGCUGGCGCUGGCGAACCGGCGGCCGGACUUUCUAGCGCGGUGCCAGCUGCCCGCGCGCGCAGACUGGCCCGCAGACGCCGCGGACGCGCGCGGCCGCGUCGCGGCCGCGCUGUGCGGCGCCGCGCUCGGCGGCGCCGACGACCACGCGGUGCUGCUGGAGGGCCUCAAGAGCACGCCCAGCGGGCACGCGAGCCUGGCGGCCGCGGGGCUUGGGUUUUUGUGGUGGUGGCAGACGCAGUGCGUCGCGGUGCCGCGCGCGCGGCACGCGUGGUGUCUGGGCGUGGUCGCGCUGGUGAUGGUGUCGCGGGUCGCGGACCACCGGCACCACUGGUACGACGUGGUGCUGGGGGCCGCGCUCGGGGCCGGGGUGGCCGCGGGUGUGUGGGCGCGGACCAUGAGCCGGGCGGCGGCGCCCGGGGUGCUGCCGGCGUAG